AUCGCCGAAAACUCAUUUCGCUCGUACCAGUCGCUUGUGCCUCACGACGGACGCACCGGACCGCAGGGCGAAAAGGUGCUCGGCCUCCAGGAUAUUGGCGUAUGGUCCCAUGCAAUUGGGCCUUUCUACAUGUGUGUGUAUGUAUGGGUGUGCUAGUGAGGGCUCGUGUAACUGAAUUAAUGUGCAUCUGUGUCUAUGUGUCCGUGCCCAACGGUGUGUGAGAGCAGUUUUACCAUAAGUGGGUGUAGUGGGCAAGCAGGAUAACACUGCAAGGACUUCUGUUGAAUCCCGACAUUUCGUUGCUCCAGUGUAGUUCGGUCAGUGAGGUUCACAUUUUCGGACUGCUUUUCAUACCACAUCACAACCAUUCCCAUCAAAAUCACCGUGCCCACCCCGUGCUAGGGCAUCGAGGACGGUUUGCCAGUGCUUUUGUCUGCUGCAUCAGCAUUACGUGUCGCGAACGCCGCCGGACUUCCCCAUCCGCCGGGCUGGUGAAUAAACUUAGUGGUGGCUAGCGGAUUUUAACCAAACUAAGCGGAACACACAGCGGUGUGUGUGUGUGUGUCUGUGUGUGUGAAGACUGGAUACCUGUGCGUUAAUACAGAAAACGGGGCCGAUUUGACAGCGUCUGUGUCUCCGACCGGUCAGCAUCGUUUGGCGAAGUGUGGCAAGUGUCGGCAGAAAGGGAUUUGUUUUUCCCCAAAAAAAUUUGGUUUUACUCUUCUUCUUCCUGCACCACCGCCAGUGGCUGCACUUUUUCGCUCGACGCCCGCUCGAGGGAGACUGUGGCGCUCUGUUCAGUGCCAGUAAUUUAUUAGAAAGUAACACGGCGGAAGCUAGCAGUUAAAGCCACCGAAACACGAUGGAGCUUAUCACAAAUGUGCACCAGGGCUGGCGGUACCUGAUGGACGAGCUGUCCGAUCCGCGGACGCGCGACUGGCCCCUGAUGAGCUCACCCUUUCCCACCAUCGGCAUCAGUCUGUGCUAUGCUUAUUGCGUUAAGGUCUUAGGUCCCCGGCUAAUGGAAAACAGGAAACCCUUCGAGCUGCGCAAGGUACUGAUCGUGUACAACUUCCUGCAAGUGCUCUUCAGUACGUGGCUGUUCUACGAGGCAUGCGUUUCCGGCUGGCUCGCCGGCUACAGUCUGCGCUGUCAACCGGUUGACUACUCCCGCUCACCGAUGGCCCUGAGGAUGGCGUCCGGUUGCUGGUGGUACUACUUCUCCAAGUUUACCGAGUUCUUCGAUACGAUUUUCUUCGUGAUGCGCAAACGGUACGAUCAGGUGUCGACCCUGCACGUCAUCCAUCACGGCAUCAUGCCGGCGUCGGUCUGGUGGGGAGUUAAGUUUACGCCAGGUGGACACAGUUCUUUCUUCGGUCUGCUAAACACCUUCGUGCACAUCAUCAUGUACACCUACUACAUGUUGGCCGCGAUGGGACCGAAAGUACAGAAGUACCUCUGGUGGAAGAAAUACCUGACCGUGCUGCAGAUGGUUCAGUUCAUCUUGGUGAUGGGACACGCUUUCCAGCUGCUGAUCUGGAACGAGUGCAACUAUCCGAUCGCGUUCGCUUACUUCAUCGGUGCCCACGCCGUCAUGUUCUACUUCCUGUUCUCGAACUUCUACAAGCAGGCGUACACCGUGCGAAAACAGGCAAAGAAGGAAAAGGCUGAACAGAUGGCACUCACCAACGGUAACCUUGAGUCGGUGCCGAACAAGAACAUCUCGAAUGGACACGCGGUCCCGCACACCGCAAGCAACGGCAAGCCGGACUUUUAUCAGACCCUCGACAAAACGAUGGAGGACAGCUACUCGACCACGCGGCACCGUGCGUUCGUCGGGUUCGGUAGUAAUUAGAUGCACACGACGGGAACGACGGUGCUAAGCGUAGAAACUAAAACCGAAUGGAAGAAACAAAAGAAGACCGGUGCCUUUUUACUGUGAUCGGUUAUGAGCGCUCCAGCAUCCAGCAUGACUUCGCUGCUCUGCGCACGCACGGAAGAUGUCCGCAAAAACAGGAGCCAUGCCAUCCCCCUGCAUCCCGCUAAAACCCUCCUUCCUUCCUUCGCCAGUUAAAUCCCCCUCCCGGAGCUCAUGGGUUAGGAAAUAGAUUCAACAUGCUUUAUUUUUCAACCCAAUCACCCUCUAGCCCUCCCCCCCCCCUCGCUCCUCCCUCCCAUCAAACCACCCCAUUUUCGGACGGAUGUUUCUACAUUUUUACUCGGGUCAGCGGAUUGGUGUGAACAUUUUCACAAUUCCACCGUUUGACCGACUCACAGUGAGGAGCUAGCAGGAAAACGGAAGCCGUUAGGACAUUAGCUCAACGUCGGUAGGUCGAUAGGUGAUAAGCGCAAGAGCGUAGUGUAGCGAGAAAUAGCGUUGUAAGCCAGUUAGACGAUAUCACACCAGCAUCGUUUCGGUGGAUGUUCAAAGAUUUCUUGUACUGUAUGAUAAGGACACAUCUAUUGAGGCUCGUUCACUCUCAUGCACAUGCCUCAUCAGCAGGCUCCACCACCUCGGUAGUGGUGGAUGGUCUAAAAUACACGCAACUAGCCUCUUUUCUUCUUCUUUUUAUAACCCAAUAUCUCUCUCUCUGUCUCGUAAUCUUUGCCUUAGUCUACUGUAAAUUAUUAAGCGAUUGCAAACACUACAGGAUCGUGCUUAAUCGAAAUUGUUGCCAGAGGUAUGGUGAAGCGGAUGGUCUCGAUAGCCGAAACAGACAUCAUUUCUUUCCUUAGUAUGUAACAAUUCGUUAAGUAAUCAGCGAUAAUUGAAGCGCAAUGCGAUUCGUUAUGCUCUCGCAAAACUGGUAUUGGUAAAAUCGACAAAAAACUGGUACUGUACAAUAUUGAUAAUAAAAAAAAGUCAUAAAAUACAA